AUGAAGAUCGUUGCUGAUUCUCUAGUGAUUCUCCUUUUUCUUGUUUUGUGCAUAUCAUAUGCAAAUGGAGAUGAGAAAUCUCUCCGGGGCACCGCCGGCGGCAGCAGUGGCUCUAAUGGAUUGGGUGGUGGAGGGAAUCUAGGUGGCGGUGUUGGACCUUCCGGCAGUGGUUUACACAUUGAAGUCGGCCUUGGAGGAGGGUUGGGAAGUAUUGUAAACGGUGGAGUAGGAGGUGGGGGUGGUGUUGGUGUGAAUGGUGGAGGAGUAGGAGGAGGUGGUGGGCUUGGAGGUGGUUUGAAAAUCCUGGGUGGCGGACUAGAAAUAGGCGGUGGAUUUGGUGGCGGAGCUGCGAUUGGUCCAAAGGGUAUUACGAUUGAUCCAAUACGGGGUAGUAUUGGAAUUGGACCAGGGGCGGCUACAUCUGGAAAUGGCGGUGGCAGUGGGAACGAUUUUGGCGGCGGCGGAGGAGGCGGAGCAAACAACAACGGUGGUGGUAGUGGCGGCGGCUCUGGUGGUCGCGACUAA